GCGCCCGGCGUGCGCCGCCUGUCCUUUAAAUUCAUUUAUCUCUCGGAUUUUUUUUUUUUUUUUUUAAACUCCAUCUUAAACACGGAAGUCGGUGUGACGCACCAGUACACACAGCUGCUCAGCGGGGGCAAUGCAAUAAACACAACGUCGUCCUUCGGUGCCGAACACAGCGGGCAGUGCAGGCAAGGUGUCGUAGUUCAGACCAUCAUGCUCUUUGCUCUGGCAGCGGAACAGGAAGUGUGUGUGUGAGCGUCCCUGGUUGGCUCUGCUGGGAUGAACAUGCCACUGCACCAAAUCUCUGUCAUCCCUCGUGAUGUCACCUCAUCACGGGUGUCAGGCAGUGGGAAAGCAAAGGACAAGGACAAGCAGAAUGAAAAGCCUCUGGGUCAUUCUGCCAGCAGGUCCAGCAAUAUAUCAAAGGCGGGGAGCCCGACUUCAGUCAACGCUCCAUGCAGUUUCUCGAGGACGUCGGUUUCCCCAUCCAGCCAGGACAUCUGCAGCAGUCAGGAUCAGGACUGUCACAAGCAGACUGCUGUGGUUCUGUUGAAUUCUAACGGUAAAACCUGUCAAGGUUCAGGGGGUAUUUCAGUGACCACCCUCUGCACAGACGCCCUACCAGCUUCCAAACACGCCAAACAACGAGACUGGUUCUCACUGAUCCGCUCCUCAUCCGUCAACAUCCGCCCCAACGGCUCGCUCAGGUUUUCUCUGUCUCUGAACGACGUGGGCCAGCGCGUGGACAGUCUUUGUCGAGGUCUGCACUUUAUCGACCGAACCUGCUCUGAGGGGGAGCUGGAGCUGAAGCCCGAGCCUCCUCAGCCACCCAGCUCGGAUCGAAGGGCGCACACACUUAACGGCAAGCUGGCUGCAGCACCCGCACACCAGAACCCAAAUCCGGCCUUCUCAACACGCACCCACCCUCACCUUGUCCCCUCCUUCACCAACAACUACAAAUACAUGCUGGGCAUCCCACCCGCCAAUUGUCUCCCAUCUGAUCCCACCAUCAUCGCUCCUGCUCUUCCUCUUUCUAACACCCACCUUCAACCUCAUCCCUCCCCGAGCGCCAAUUUCCUCCGUCUCCUCCUCCCCUUCUCUCGAUCCUCUACCUCGGCCAGCCUUCAGUGCUCUGAGCUCGGCAGCUACGCCUCUCACCUCCACAUCACCAAGUCCUCCAGCGCCCUGCUGGAAGGCAGCGAGUCAGGGUUUCCCCUCGAGGAUCAACUGGGAGAUGACGACGUGUUUGAGGAGUACCAACCUAGUCAAGCUUCAAAGGGCAUGGGCCAGCUGGCAACCCCAGAAACAAUCACCAGGGCUGGGCCAGGUGCUCUUCUUGCCCCCCUGUGCUAUAUGGAUGAGGACAGCGACUUGGACUGCUGCCCAUCCCCUUUGUCAGAGAAAACUGGGCCACUGUCCCCCUAUUCGCUAUCAGGGGACUGCUGCAGGAUUUGUCACUGUGAAGGGGAUGACGAGAGCCCUCUGAUCACACCAUGCCACUGCACAGGGAGUCUGCGCUUCGUCCACCAGUCCUGUCUACAGCAGUGGAUCAAGAGCUCCGACACUCGCUGCUGUGAGCUCUGUAAAUAUGAGUUCAUCAUGGAGACCAAGCUCAAACCGCUGCGCAAGUGGGAGAAGCUACAGAUGACGGCGAGCGAGAGAAGGAAGAUCAUGUGUUCUGUCACCUUCCAUGUCAUCGCCAUCACCUGCGUGGUAUGGUCGCUCUACGUUCUCAUCGACAGAACAGCUGAUGAAAUCAAACAAGGGAUCCUGGAAUGGCCUUUCUGGACCAAACUGGUGGUUGUGGCCAUCGGCUUCACUGGUGGACUGGUGUUCAUGUAUGUCCAGUGCAAAGUCUAUAUCCACUUAUGGAGGAGACUCAAGGCUUACAACCGGGUCAUAUAUGUCCAGAACCGGCCAGACACGUGUAAAAAGUUGGCGCUGGAGAAGCCGCCUCUCAUGGAGCCGAGUCUGGAAAGCAAGGAAGCUCUGGCCCCCACCCAGUCGGACACAAACUCCUCCCAGUACACAGAGACAGAGGACUACAGUAUGGAGGUGCUCCAUGUCUGACCGUUCAGUUCAUGCCAUUGGUUGUCCCACUCAUACACACACAAACAGGCCCGCAGUGAAGCUGUCGUGGAAGUGCUCGUUGACUGAGGAACCACCAGAUACUCCCCUUCCUCUGAUCGCAGACUUGACCCUCUGUCCUCCUCUGGUCAUCUUAUAUUCCCAAAACUCGAUCCACAGAGACAGACCAUGACUAUCUUAUUCUAUCCACACUCCUCCUAUCGGACCUUAUCCCUCACUCCACCUGCACCCUCAAACCACACUCUAGCCUCUUUCCUUUCCCGGGACCGGACUGUUUUUAGUGACUUCUGUAAAUGUCUGAAGAGGCCUGGAGCAUAGCCCUCUACACACACACACAUUCACACACACAUGCACACACACACACACACACACACACACUUGUAUGUACACCUCUGGGAGAGCAGGACUGAGACAAAUGGACUCAAAAACGGCUCCAGAGGCCUACACGUCUCUGAUAACGUGGUUUGUUUACUUGUGGGUUUGUUAGAUUUGUUUGUUUUUACCUCCUGUGGGUCUCGGGCUCACCUGCCGUGGAUCAGUAUGUAGCGCCGCGCAUCGGAUCUCUGGACCAUUCCAGCUACUGCCAUCUCUGUUGCUGUGGUCUGUCAGCUCCGAGCUGGUCUGGAUCCGACCAGGCCUUGAUCUGGACAUGCAUCGAAGCACUUUUGUUUUUUAGUUCCACAACAAAUCCCCCCCUCCAUUCCUUUUAUUUUUCUAUAUUUUUUCUUCAAUAUGAAUUUCGUCUUAUAUGUUGUACAUGGGGGACAGCACACUCGAACAAAUGUUUAAUUUGACGUUGCAUUUCCUCAUACGCACAUAUACGUAUAUAUUAACCCUCCCAUGGAUGACAAAAAAGGAAUUGGGGUUAAAAAUGGAAUCGUGCUGAAGGAAACGUGAGUGUUUUAGUCAAAACAGAAAAAAAAAGAGUUUUGUAUAUAACAAGCUCAUCACUCUAAAUGCAGAAAGUCCCACCACAUGACUUCUCUACCCCAACGUGAACUUUCUGAAGGCUUUGAGAAUGUAAACUUUUUAAAAAAUGAUUCAAAAAAUAAAUAAAAUA